AUGGCGGACAAGCCGGAAGAGAGCAGAAUCGAUGAUGUUGAGGAUCUGAAGCCUACCGGAGACGCAGGCACUAUCCGUUUGCCAGUACCGAGUAACGACCCAAACGAUCCUCUAAAUUGGCCUGUAUCUACAAAGAUCUCAGUCUAUCUCACAGUGUGCUUCUUCACGUUCAUCGCCAACGUAAACGGCAGCAACUUCACGGUCGCAAUCGUGCCAUUACGAAAGCACUUCCACAUCGAUGCCACGGAUGCCACUCUCCUCGUAGGACUCAACGUCCUCAUGUUCGGUGUCGGAAAUGUUGUCUGGGUACCUCUCAUGCGAGUGCUUGGAAAACGACCAGUCUACCUGAUGGCUCUGACGGUCCUCACCGUGGCCAAUAUCUGGAGCGCAUUUGCACAGACGUGGGGCAGUCUCUUGGGUGGACGUAUGCUCAGCGGUGUCGGUGCAGCGUGUGCUGAUGCUACAGUGCCCUCACUCGUGGCCGAGAUGUUCUACUUUGAUCAACGUGGUCACUGUAUGAUGUUCUUUCACGUGGCUUUGGCCUCUGGUCUUUUCUUGGGCCCCCUAAUCAAUGCUUACAUUGUCGGAGCUUACGGUUGGCGCUGGAGUUGUGGUUUCAUCGCCAUCUUUUCUGGAGUACUUCUCGUUUGUACCUUCCUCCUUGUGCGAGAGACACAAUACACCAGGCCUCGAAUUCAACACCCUGAGGAAGAAGUCCCAGCAAAGAGGAGCUUCGUCGGCUGGCUGUCACCUACCGUGGGCUACAACUCUCAAGGACACUUCCUACGCACCUUCUGGGAUAUCUUGCGCAUGGCAACCUAUCCGCCAGUCUGUUGGGCUGGUAUACUCAUCGGAUGUUUCGUCGGCUGGACCAUCGUGAUUCAGAUCGCAACAACACAAACCUUCACAAAGUCGCCAUACAACUGGACCACGGGUACUAUCGGUCUGUUUUCCCUAUCCGCUUUCAUCGGCGCUCUGCUAUCCUUCUACUUCGGCGGCCGCCUCAUCGAUCUGAUCGCCACCCGUGCACGCCAACGCGCUUCCCACCCUCGUCCUGAGAUCCGUCUCGUCGCUCUGAUCAUCCCCGCCAUCAUCGGUCCGCUGGGAGUCAUAACAUACGGCCAAUGCGUCGCGCACAAAACAACAUGGGUGGGCCCAGCAUUCGGCUUCGGCAUGCACGCAUUCGCCCUCACAGCACUCAGCAACGUCGUCGUUACCUACGUGGUAGACUGCUACCAAGCUUUCGCCGGUGAAGCCUUGGUCAUCGUCUUUGUGAUCCGUAAUGUUAUCGCUUGCGUGCUGAGUAUGUACUCCAGCGACUGGAUCGCCGAGCAAGGAGCUUCCAUUGUAUUUGGCGAGAUGGCGGCAAUACAGUAUUUCCUGUUGCUGUUUGCCGUACCGCUAUAUUUCUGUGGUCCUGCAUUGUUGAAGUUUACGAGCGGCUAUGGACCUAUGCGUAGGAUUGGAUAGGCAAGUAGAUACACAUGUUCCUAUCUUUAACCAUGAAGAAGUCCUUUUUCCAAG